UUCAGACAAGAGUAAAGAGGCGUGUGAUGAUUCUGCCUUAGUACUUGUACAGACAGGAGUGUUUCCAGUACUUCUUUGUACAACUCGCUGAGGGAAUGGGAACCUGUUUUAUAGCUCUGGAAACAUAUGCACAGUAAGAAUGUCUGAGGUUAUCCGAUGCACUCUGGUGAACUGUAGUUGUCUGUGUUUCAAACCUGGAAAAAUAAACCAACGACAAUGUGACCAGUGUCGACAUGGAUGGGUAGCGCAUGCCCUAAGCAAAUUAAGGAUCCCCAACCUGUAUCCAACAAGCCAGGUAGAGAUAGUACAAUCCAAUGUGGUCUUUGAUAUCAGUAGCCUCAUGCUGUAUGGAACCCAAGCCAUUCCUGUCCGCCUUAAAAUCCUGCUAGAUCGUCUUUUCAGUGUCCUGAAGCAAGAAGAGGUGAUACAGAUUCUCCAUGCACUGGACUGGACACUGCAGGAUUAUAUACGUGGAUACGUGCUACAGGAUGCUUCAGGAAAGGUGCUGGAUCACUGGAGCAUAAUGACCAAUGAAGAAGAACUGGCUACUUUGCAGCAGUUUCUUCGCUUUGGGGAGACUAAAUCCAUUGUAGAGCUAAUGGCAAUUCAAGAGAAAGAAGGGCAGUCAAUUAUAAUACCUACAACAACGACUAAUUUGGAUAUUAGGGCAUUUAUAGAAAGUUGCAAUCAAAGAAGUCCUAAUCUUUCUUCUUCCAUGGACAAAAUGAGCUCUACCAACGUUCAUCACUUUGAGAACAUUGUAAAUAAUAUGGCUUUCAUGCUGCCUUUUCAGUUUUUCAGUCCAGUGCCUCCACCUUUGAUAGGUUCACCACCAGAAAGACAUUUGCUUCAGCAAGGUCAAGACCGCAGCAAUGAAACUAAACAAGAUGUUCAGAUACCAUUUUCCGAAAGCAACUUCUUAAUUUCCAGUUCUACUUCAUUUCAAGUUGAAAAUGAGAGGAGCAUAAACAGCCCAGAUGCCACUACUAAAACAGAAGAUGAUGCCCCUUUAAGUGAUUCUAGCUCACAUAAUACAAUAACAAAGCUUGAAAGGACAGAGUUAUCUCCAGAAAAUAAAAUGAAAUCUGUUGAAAAAAAUGGCAUUGGACCAAGAAAAGGACGAGUUUUCUGCACUGCCUGUGAAAAGACAUUUUAUGACAAAGGAACUCUGAAGAUCCACUAUAAUGCUGUUCAUCUGAAGAUCAAACACAAAUGCACAAUUGAAGGCUGCAAUAUGGUGUUUAGUUCUUUGCGAAGUCGAAAUCGUCAUAGCGCAAACCCCAACCCAAGACUCCAUAUGCCAAUGAACAGAAACAACAGAGAUAAAGACCUGAGGAACGGUUUGACUAUCGCUGGACCUGAAGAAACCAAAAGGACGGACUUUACCAUUUUAACCCCAGAUAGUAGACCUAUUACUAGCUAUGUCAGUUCUUGCACAGAUUCAAAGGUGCAAUCCAGUUUUCCCAGUAUUGGACAGAACGGUGUUCUCUUUCCAAACUUAAAGACAGUUCAGCCAGUUCUUCCUUUUUAUCGCAGUCCAGUCACACCAGCUGAGCUUGCUAAUACCCCAGGCAUACUCCCUUCUCUACCUCUCAUUUCUUCAUCAAUACCCGAGCAGCUGGUUGCUAAAGGAUUGCCAUUUGAUGCACUACCCAAGAAAAAAUCCCGUAAAUCGAGCAUGCCCAUCAAAAUAGAGAAAGAAGCUGUUGAGACAGCUAAUGAAAACAGCAACCUUGCCAGCUCGGAAGAUGAUACACCUCUGCAGGUGGUAAGCGAUGGAGAGCUGGAGACCUGUGAGCAUAGGAUUGAAAAGCAGAUGAGUGACAGGGUAGAAAAGCACCCCAUUUCAGGUAAUUCAUGGAAAUCUCUCUCUGGGGUAGAGGGCCCAAAAUAUUUUGAUUCUGUCAUUGAGCCAAAUAACAAAUACAUCAAGGAAACCGCUGAGAAUGAAUUGGAUCACUCUAAGAGAGAGAUUACGCCAGAAGAAAACCAAGCAUUAAAAGUAGCUUCUCAUGAAAUCAUGUCUGAAGAUCCAGAACAACACAACAGUGAUGUUAUAAAACCAGUGACUACAUCCUCUCUUUAUAUUAAAGAGCAGUCAAAGCACCGGAUUCCUAGUAAUGAUUGCACUGAAUUGCACCACCACUUGCUAACUGGGGGCCUCUUCAGUGCUUUGUCCAACAGGGGUGCUGCCAUUCCUUGUUUAGAAGACUCUAAAGAUAUGGAUCAUAUCAGUCAACAUGCACUAGGGAUUCAGAAGGCAGAAAGCCGCUUUCAUUGUGACAUCUGUAAGAAGACAUUUAAAAAUCCUUACAGUGUAAAAAUGCAUUAUAAAAAUGUACAUCUGAAAGAAAUGCAUAUUUGCACAGUUGAGGGUUGUAAUGCUGCUUUUCCUUCUCGUAGAAGUCGAGACAGACAUAGUUCAAAUUUAAAUCUUCAUCAUAAGCUUCUGACCAAAGAUACACUGGAAUUCAAGGACAACUAUUUCAAUGCAACAUACCUCUUGAAAGACAUGGCUAAGGAGGUUUGUCAAGAUGUUUCUUUAAAACAACAUGUUGGACAGACUUCUGUAAUCUUCAAAGGAAUGAACAGAACAGGCAGCUUGGUUUUUCCACUGAGCAAAAUCAGAGAACCCUGUUCUGAGAAUUAUGGAUAUGAUCCAAUGAAUGAUGGUGCUGUUCUGGAUUUAAGCACUACUUCCAGCAUUAAGUCUGAGAGCAGUGCACAUUCCUCUUGGGAUUCUGAUGGAGGAAGCGAAGAAUGCAUCAUGCCUUUGGAUGAUAGUGAUGAAAGUUGUGAAGGGCCAAGCCUAAUACCGAAUGAAGAGCUCUACCCGGACUGUACUGUAAUUGAGAAGGCUAAUCAAAGCUUUACAAAUUUACCUUCCAGUUUGCCAAUAACUUGUCAUAUAUGCCAAAAAAAUUACAGUAAUAAAGGAACCUUCAGGGCCCAUUACAAAACUGUGCAUCUCCGCCAGCUCCACAAAUGUAAAGUCCCAGGUUGCAACACAAUGUUUUCAUCUGUCCGCAGUCGAAACAGGCAUAGUCAGAAUCCCAACUUGCACAGAAGUCUGACCAGAUCACCAAAUAGCCUCCAGUAACAACGUACUAAUCUCAAUUGACUUUUUGCUAAGCGUAAAUCAUUUCAGAUAAGAAAGAGUUGGAAAGAUUUUUAAACAAAACAAAAAAAAACAACCUCAUUUGAUGCUGGGUCCAUUUAACAUAUGGGGUCAAAUUCUGCUCUCACUUAUACGGAUGCUUUCCUACAGCUUCACUGAGCAAAAUGUGGUGCCAUCAUUUUUAAACCAUUAUUUUGUUUGACGUUAAAUAACAGAAACUUCUUUAAGGAAAAGAAAGCAGUAUUGGCAUUGGGGUGAAUGUGGCACCAUUAACUGAAGUCUUUUUGACAGUUUGCAAAGUAUUAUUCACUUACAGUACGAAGUUUCAAAGGAGAAACCUCCAUCCCAUUGGAUCCUGUUAUGUUUACAUGUUAAAUGGGAAUAGUAUUCUAGGAUGUCAAUAAAGAUGGGGGCGUCCUUUGGUUGGGUUGGGGGUUUGGGGACUGUCAUUUUAUUCCUGAGGCCAUUGUCAGAGGCUCACUUGCAGUAUUAAAUAAAUUAUGGUGUUUUCAGUUUAGUUUUCACUGAAUUUCAAAAGCCAAAAUACAAAUUUAGGAGAAUGUAGGAUGAUGCAAAUUCUCCACAAAUUCUGCAGUCCUUACUCCUUAAUUUCAAUGGGAAUUUUACUUGGAUAAAGACUGCAGGAUUCUGGCCCUUUGAGAAUAGACCAGAACUAGAUUUAAAACAGGAAAUAUUCCUUUCCAUGCAAGAGGGUCUCUUGGUUAAAUCUGAGAGAUCAUGACAUGUAUCAGCAGAAGACAGCUAAGCAUGUUGGUUCCAGAACUACAGCAAACAUCCCAGAGGUAGAAAAAAGUAAAUACUAUAUUUUAAAUGCAUUUUUUCCCUCUACUUUCACGAAAAGUGGAAUACUGGGGGGGGAAUUUUAAAGGUAUAGUUUCAAACCUGUGGGUAGGGUGACCAGACGUCCCAAUAUUUAGGGGUUUGUCCCAUGUCCCGACCGAUCUUUGGUCCCGAUAUUUUGCGGUAUUCCUUUUUUUCUUUUUCUUUUUUUUUUUUUUGCUCUGCUAGCGAACCCCCUCUUCCCCCCUCCCCCAUGUGUCCCGAUAUUUUCUUCCUCUCAUCUGGUCACCCUACCCGUGGGAGCUAUGGAAAAAGAAACAGUUUAAAAAAACGUGCAGUAGGUGUCCUUCAUGAUUUGUUGAUUUUCCUCAUCCAUGGGAAUAACGUACAGAUCUGUGUAACAAUAAGAAAAAGAGUGCAUUUAUUCUGAUUCACAUACUUUUUUUGAUAUUAGAACCUUGCUUGAGAUCUAUUAAAAUGUUUAAUAUCCUUGUACUUGUCACUGUAAUUAACAGUAUUCUGCAUUAUGUUCUAUGCACUUAAAAAAGACUGGUUUGCAUUGUAUUUAAAAAAAACCACUUUGAUAAUAUUUAAUUUGUAGUUAUGUCAUACCAAUGCUGUGUGUGUACAUGUGGUGCAACAGUGUACUUGACUGAAUCAUUUUUCAAUAGCAGAAAGAAAUGCUAAAGCAGGCUUUAUAAAACCACUUUUAAAAAAAAAUUAGUAAACUUUUCCAUUUUGAAUCAAGUUUUCAUGAGUUGUAGUGGGCAAGCAUGAUAAUGACAGCACAAUUUGUACAUAUUAUACCAAAGUGCUUAGAGUAUUUGUGGUUUCUAGAACUAGUCUGGGUUUCCAGUGUAACUGGAUCUUAGUCUUUAUCCAUUUUUGUGACCGAACGAGAUUAGACUGAAUUUCUGAUUUAGGUUUUAGGAAGACUAGUACAAAGCUAUUGCCAUAUGUCUUGAUGUUUAACUUAUUCUAAAAUAUACUACAGUAUUGUAACCAUUUUAUAUUGUAUAAAGGAAGCUAAAGUGGACUAAAUAUUUCAUUAAUUCUUUUGAAAAUCUGGUUGUGUGUGUGCAGAAGAAAAAACCAUGACAUUUGCAGUGUUGUAAAUUUUUGUGCUUACUAGAAAUGGGUUUCAUAUGUUGUGUACAGUAAUUUUAUUUUAUAUUUACAGUAGGUCUCUGUGAUAUUAAAACACUCACUAAAACAAUUCGGGCUUGAAGCGGUUAGGAUAAAAAUGUUGUUAGGCUGGGACUAGAUUGUGCCCUCACUUUUUAAGCAGGAAUUAAUAUCGAUGGGGAUUUUAGCUUAAAAACCAAUGGUAUAAUCUUGGAUGCUACAAAAGACCCUGGUCUUCUGGUGGCACAAACAAAUGACUUGUUACCAACUAUUUGGUGUGCUUUUUACAUAUAUUUGUGCUGGCUUAAUCGUUAAGGGUCUGUUUGAAACGAAGUGUGAUGUAAACAAAUACUGUAAUGCCCAGUUAUUUAGUUUUUCACUGUUUCCAAAAUGGUAAUACAAUUUGUAUACCCUAAGAAUUUUGUAUGUGUUAAUAAAAACAUAUGAUAAUGUC